ACUGGCGGCAGCAGUGGCGGUGAGAAUGUGUCUGCGGGGAUGUGUGCGAUCUUUGUGUUGGAUGAAAAAAUGACUAAUAGACAAAACUCACCACCCACACGCACAAUAUUGUUUCUUUUCUUGUGGUUAUCACUUCAUUUUCCCACUCAUGCCUUCCUGUUUGUCUUUUUCUCCAGACUGCGGGGGAUGGAGCGACCCGACGAAGAAACCCACCUACAACCAGCCUCUCGACAACUCACUGAGCUUGGCCAAGAAAUACACGAUAAAAAUAAAUAAAGGAGCAGAGACGAAUCAAAGAAAAAUAAAUAAGUUGAUAAAGGGGCAGAGACAAACAACAGAUAAAUAAAUAAAGGAGCGGACAAACGGAGCUGAAGGACAGAGGAAACAUUAAAAUAAAGGAACAGAGACCAGGUGAAGUUUGGGACUUUCCUGAUCCAGCUCAGCCUCAGGGUCAUCCCCAUCAUGUCGCUCUCUGUCGCCCCACCCUCUGGCCUGCUGCUGGUCCUUGUGUGCUGCCCCCUGCUGGGUAUGGUUCAGCUUGCGAGUAGCAACAAGGCGAGCGAUAAUGCCCACCCUCACCUGGGGGACUCGGACCCAGAGCGCUGCAUGAGGCAUCACUUUGUAGAGACGAUCACACACCCCAUCUAUAAAUGCAACUCUAAGAUGGUUCUGCUGGCUCGCUGCGAGGGUCACUGCAGCCACACCACGCGCUCUGACCCGCUCAUCUCCUUCAGCUCAGUGCUCAAACAGCCCUUUAAGAGCACCUGCUCCUGCUGCCGGCCGCACACCUCUAAGCUGAAGGCCGUGAGGCUGCGCUGUGCUGGCGGGACACGCAUCACCGCCACGUACAGAUACAUCCUGGCCUGUAACUGUGAGGAGUGCAGCUGAGCGGGACGCAGCAAGCUCCUCCCACACCCUGAGACUUUAGGAUCCCGUUGGCCUCGAGCCGAGCUGUAACACUUUCCAGAGGUUUAAAUAUCGAAUCAGAAACCUGACAGGCUGGUUGUUUUCAUGGAGAGACUCUUUGGAGCUUGUUCUUCCCUCACGCUGAACACGAUCCCCUCGCUGUUUUGUGCUUCAUGUCAGUAUGAGGCGUUUUCUCCACACCAGACACCACAAACUGCUGCUCCCAGGGGCCCCCCUCAUUACAGGCCCCUGUAAUUUAGAACACACAUGCUCUCAAACCGCAGAUUGUUACGAGUAUCUGUGCACUUUCUGCCUGCAGCUCCAUAAAAACACCCGCAGAGCAUCCUACAACGAAUCGACACGGCUCAUUAAAACGCAGCGACGAGGCUCUGCGAGCUUGGCGAGGACGACUCAUGUGGAGGACCUGCCGAGAAGCACCUGUGACGCAUUUACCCACCCAAUAACGUUUUACACGCUCCCUGCAGAGACCGAUCAGGCUGAUCAGGCCUGUAAAAUGGGAACGAGGCUGACGGGAAGGCUUGACAUGAUGAGACGUGACAGGCGCAGUAAACGAAGGAUGGAAGGAGGGCUGACAGAACGUAGAGACAAUCUGUGUUCAUGUUCAGUGUUAUCUCUUAAACUGUUGUGAUGUCCUCUUUAUUCUGACGCUUCUGAUGGCAUGUUCCAUGUUUUGACUCUUUUGUUAAAAUGUUCUGUGACUCUGCAUUCGUCUGUAAAUCCUGCAAACAUUCACCUUACCUUCCAGUUGC